AUGACAAAUGAAACUGCUCCAAAUGAAUUCCUCAUCUUGGGCUUCUCUGGUCUUCAAGAAUUGCAGCGGCUACUCUUCUUUAUCAUUUUUGCAACAUACAUUUUUAUUCUGUUAGGGAACAUCUCCAUUCUCACUGUUGUUUGUCUGGACCCACAGCUUCAUAGUCCCAUGUACUUCUUCCUAGGACAUCUCUCCUUUCUGGAUAUCUGUUAUACUACCACGAAUGUCCCUCAGAUACUUGUGCACCUCAUGUCACAGAAGAAGAGUAUCACUUAUGCUGGAUGUGUAACUCAGCUCUAUUUUUUUGUCUCUCUUGUGGGAACUGAGUGCAUCCUUCUAGCUGCAAUGGCCUAUGAUCGCUUUGCAGCUAUCUGUCACCCUUUAAAGUAUACUUUAAUUAUGAAAAAAGCAUUUUGUGUGCACUUAGCAGAUGCCUGUUGGGUAGGUGGUUUUCUCAAUUCAGCUCUACAUACUUAUUUUACAUUCCACCUGCCAUUCUGUGGAGCUUAUAAGAUCAAUUAUUUCUUUUGUGAUAUUCCACCGCUCUUAAUGCUUUCGUGUGGAGACACAAGUUUAAAUGAGAUUAUCUUGUUUGUUGCUGGGGCCUUUAUAGGAUGGACUCCAUUUGUCUGCAUUAUCCUAUCUUACAUUUAUAUCAUCUCCACUAUCAUGAAGAUACAAUCCAAUGAAGGGAGGAUGAAAGCUUUUUCCACCUGCACCUCACACCUUACUAUUGUUAUUCUAUAUUAUGGAAGUGCUAUUUUCACCUAUGUCCGGCCAAUAUCAACUUAUUCACUGGAGAAAGACAGACUCAUUUCUAUCCUUUAUAGCAUUGUCACUCCCAUGCUAAAUCCUUUAAUCUAUACUUUAAGAAACAAGGAUAUUAAAAAUUGCCUGAAAAAAAUAUUUCUGAAGCUACUACAUUUGAGAUAA